CUGAGACUUAUCCACAUGUCUCUUAAACAUUGUGGUUACUACCUCACCAGUCUGUAUGCCAGUAUGUUCGAGCUUCAGAACUUCCACGCCCACCGGGCUAUGGGUGGUAUCAGCCAGGAGAUCAGGCAUUCUCUCAAACAGUGGCACAGGCGGCGAAGGACCAACGAGCCAAUGCCAUCGAUCAACGACUUCCAGAACUUCCUGCGUGUGGCCUACCACGACCCAGGCAACGGCUGCACAGCCAAGACGCUGGUGGUGAGGCCAUGUGAGACAACAGAGGAGGUGUGCCGGCUCUGUGCCCGCAAGUUCAAGGUCCAGAGUCCUGCCGAGCACGGGCUCUUCCUGGUGGUGGACGACAACUGGAGCCUGCUGCCCCCCGACUCUCGCCCGCAGCAGCUCAAGGCCGGCCUGCAGGGGGGCCGGGAGGCCUCUGACUACUACCACUUUGUCUACAAAGCCGCAGGCCCGGGGAGCACCAGGGGGCUUGCCAAGGCCAAGCUCGUCCGGGACAACGCCAUCGACCUGGGGGGAGAGCUCGGGCCCGAGGAGCAGCACCAGGCCUGAACGGGGUGGCUGGGCCUGCUGGUCUCCACGGCAACGGGUAGGCCCGAACUCACAGGAGGCCUCUCUCUGUCUCUGUCUGUGUGUGUGUGUGUGUGUAUGGAUGGACCUUUCUCCUCUGCACCAGUAACCUCUGAGUGUGUUAUGUUGGUGAGGGGGGCAGGGGGAGUAAUGAUCUUGUGAGGGGAAGGGAGAAGAACAGAAAUGGAGGGAGAGAAUGGCCUGAUGUAGGCCUGGAUCUUGCUUGAAGUCCAAAAUACUAAUAAUCCCGUGUAAUUCUGACCCCAUUGGGCCCUCUGUGUUACAAUUCCAAGUUGUAGCAUGAGGGGGUGUUGGGGGGUGGGUGCAUCUCUAUUUAAACCAUGUGAUAUAUGUUAUAUCUAAGAUUUAUUUUAUCAAUACAUCAAGAGCUGGUCUCAAACAAACUCC